AUGGUGGUGGUACCUCACUGGAAAACACCUUCAGGGCUUGCCACUUCAGAACCAGCCAAUUUUUGCUCCUCAGCCCCCUGUAAGAAUGGAGGGACCUGCAGAGAUCUGGAAGGCGGCUACGAGUGCCGGUGUGCCCAGAAUCCCAUAGCUUACACGGGGAGAGACUGUGGGUCGCUAGCUGAGCCGUGCCGCAGAAAUCCAUGCCCACCUGAAUGGACUUGCAGUGGGAUGCCUGGAUUCCUGAAUUACGCUUGCCACUGUAGAUCAGGCUUGGCAGAUCUCUCUUGCAGAACGUCCGGGGUUGAAUGUAAGGACAACCCUUGUCCUCAGCCUGAUUUCGAGUGCAUCGAGAUCCAAGACGGGUAUGGCUGUCAGUGCCAGAGCUGUCCAGCAAGGUCUUCCGUUUGUUCUAGCCAACCGUGCUCCAGCAACGGCACCUGUCUUGAGAACGCUGGGACCUACACGUGCCAGUGCCCACCCGGUCACAGCGGCACUCGCUGUGAGGAGGAGGUGGACGAGUGUGCCUCCAGUCCCUGCCAGAAUGGAGCCAUCUGCCUUGACCGAGUCAACGAAUACAGUUGCUUCUGUGUGCCCGGCUUUCAGGGCUACCACUGUGAAAUUGACAUCAACGAAUGCGCCUCCCAGCCUUGUCAACACAACGGCACCUGCCUCAACCAGAUAGACCAUUACGUUUGCCGGUGUCUGUCCGGCUACACAGGCAUGAACUGCGAGGUGGAGAUCAACGAAUGUGAGUCAGGCCCUUGCUGGCAUAGUGGCACCUGCAGUGACCACAUUGGGUUCUUCACCUGCUCCUGCCUGCCAGGCUACGCUGGAGCCCAGUGCGAAGUGGAUGUUGAUGAGUGCCACAGCCAGCCUUGCCUCAACGGAGGGAUGUGCCAUGACCUCAUCAACAGCUACCAGUGUGACUGUCACAACACUGGCUUUGAAGGGCAGCAUUGUGAGUUGGACAUCCUGGAAUGUGCUUCACAACCUUGCCAGAAUGGAGCGUCCUGCUUGGAAGGAGCUGGAUUUUACAGCUGUUCUUGCUGGCCAGGGUAUACAGGGACGCACUGCGAAGACGACACCGACGAGUGUGUGACACAUCCCUGUCUCAAUGGUGGUCAGUGCCUUGAACGGUCCAAUCAAAGCUACUAUGGGAAGCACGUGGAUUUUCCGGAGCACUUUAGCUACCAAGCAGCCGCUGGAUUCAUCUGCCGUUGCCCGCCCGGUUUUGAGGGAAAGACCUGCUCCAUCAACACCGAUGAAUGUGAGUCUCAGCCGUGUCAGAAUGGAGGAAGCUGCGUAGACUUGGCGAACGGCUAUCGGUGUGACUGCUUGCCAGGAUAUUCAGGGAUCGAGUGUGCCAACGACACUGAUGAAUGCGAAGGCCACCCCUGUGAAAACGGAGGCGACUGUGAAGACGGCAUUGCGGACUAUACCUGCCACUGCAUCCUUAGCCCAGAUGGCAUAGCCUGGGGAGGGAAGAACUGCUCUGUGGAGCUCACGGGGUGCAAGGGCCACAACUGCCAAAAUGGGGCUCUGUGCAUCCCCACCUUCCAAUCCGAGGCCCAUGGCUAUCUGUGCCAGUGCCCCCCUGGAUUUUAUGGCCCCACCUGCUCCACACCAACCACCUUCUCAUUCACAGCUAAGGCCUAUCUCUUGAUCAACACAUCUGCAGACAGUAAGACCACAAGUGAUCAUGGGGCCAGGGUGGCCCUCCGGUUCCGGACCACCCUUCUUGAUGGCCUCCUUUUCCACCGAGGCCAUGGAAACGAGCACCUGCUCCUGGAACUCCACACUGGCCUUCUACGGGCGGUGUUUUUGACACAGGAGGCCAAUGUCUCUUUCACACUGGAGGCACCACCGGUAAAUGAUGGCCACUGGCACAAAGUGGAAGUCUUCUUGCAAGAGUCUCUUGAACUCAGGCUGUGGCACGAAGCGUGCAAAGCAGGUGUCUGCCUGUACGGUCAUCCCCUGGGCGAGACAACCCCUAUUUCCUUUUUGCCUUCGUUUCUGCAAAUCUAUAUUGGAGGAGUUGAAGGGGAAUUAAUGAACAACCACACAAGACACUUCACCGGUUGCUUGGAAGACCUGCAGAUUGACUCUAAGAUGAUCCUACCCCAGGACGUAGAGGGGCUGCAGCCGCCUGGGUUUCAGCUGGGCUGUGAGAGAACGGAGUGGUGCCGGGCUCAGCCUUGCUCACAUGGUGGCCAAUGCGUUGACCUCUGGACGGACUUCCGCUGUAACUGUUCUCGGCCCUACGAAGGUCACACUUGCUCCUACGAAUCACCGGCCGCCACCUUUGGCCAAGACCAUUCUUCUAGCUUUGCCACCUUUGCAGUCCACAACAGCCUGGGGACAAGCUUUAACCUCUCGUUCUUCAUCCGGACCCUGAAGCCCAGCGGGCUAAUAUUCCAGAUCAGCAACGGAAGCGAAGUUUUCCUCACGGUAUACUUGAAGGAUGGGAAGCUCCAAAUUGAGGCACCAUCUGCUGCUCCGGUUGGAUCGUCUGGAAAUCUCGCCAAUGGCACAAGGCACUUUGUGAAGCUUUCCUUCCAUGAAGGCCUCGCUCGUGCCAGCCUCUUAAACAGAGAGGAAUUGCUGGGAGAUGUGACAGUAACCCCCCCUGCCACUAAUUUUGAGGUUCACGUGGGUGGGCUCCCACACAAAGGCAACCUUGACACCUGGGGAGGUCCUUUUAAAGGCUGUCUUCAGGAUGUCCAACUGAACCACCACCAGAUGCAGUUUUUCCCUCAUCCAGAUAAUAACAGCAUUCCACAAGACGUGUCUGUGGGACAAAACCAGAACGUUGUUCCAGAAUGCGUCUCAGAUAACGCCUGCAAGUCAUCUCCAUGCCUCAAUGGUGGUCUCUGUGCUGUCACCUGGAAUGACUUUAAUUGCAGUUGCCCACCCAGCUUUACUGGAAAGUGCUGUGAGGAGAGAGUCUGGUGCAAAAGCAAUCCGUGUCCACAACCUUCCACUUGCGUUGAUGUCCCCUCUGGUUACAUUUGUCUGGCCAACGCCACAUUUCACGAGCACGAUGCAAUUGAAUUCACAGCAAACACGUCCAUCGUCAGAGCUCUUCACAGCCUCCGCCUGGACUUCAGAACGCGGGACAACGAUGCUGUCUUGAUACGAGCAGUAGAGCAAGUGGAUUCUCUUCUGGUGGCUAUUUCGAACUCCUCGCUGCUGGUCGAAAUCCGGAGUGGCAAUGGAGUUGAGGGAGCAAACUUCCUCAGGCAGAUGCCCAUCUCUGAUGGCUCCUGGCACACCCUUUUAUUGACCAUGGAAGAGCCUUUGGCCCUUUCCUCACGGUGGCACCUCCAUCUGGAUGGAUCCACCAAUACAACUCUCCGGGGGAAUGCUGGGAAUCUGGAUUUCUUAAAAAGCAACACAUUUAUUGUCCUGGCUGAAAACUUCACCGGCUGCCUUGGACGUGUAGAGAUCGGGGGGCUGGUUUUGCCCCUGGCUGGUCACCCUGUCUACCCACAGCCAGAACAGUUUGUGCAGGGGACCAGCAGGCUGGUCCUGCUGGGCUGCCAGGGAGCAGACGUCUGUUCUUCUAACCCGUGUCUUCAUGCAGGCUCCUGCCUGGAUCUGUUCAAUGCCUUCAGCUGUGCCUGCGGGCCCGGGUGGGAAGGGCCGCUGUGUGAGACCAACACGGACGACUGCAAAUCCAGCCCGUGUCUUCACGGGGCGUGUGUGGACCAGGUGGGAGACUUCCAGUGUGCGUGUAAGAGGGGCUUCAUUGGGAAGCGCUGCCACAUCAACGCAGACGACUGUGUGAGGCACCAGUGCCAGAAUGGAGGGAGCUGCGUGGAUGAAGUCUAUAGCUACUCCUGCAAAUGCCCACCGCAAUACUCUGGCCCCCUCUGCGAGUGGCCCUUCCCACCUGAACAAUGUGGCAUGAACUUCACAUGUUUGAACGGUGGCAAAUGUACGAGUGGCCCGUGGGGAGCCAACUGCAGCUGUAAACCAGGCUACGCAGGGAAGAAAUGCCAGAUCAACAUCAGUGACUGUGACCCCAACCCCUGCAAAAACGGGGGGACGUGCCAGCACUCCACGAAUCACUUCCGGUGCAUAUGCAGUGCCAGCUAUGCUGGGGAAUACUGUGAUGUCAACAGGGGGAGCCUCCCAGGCACGGUGUUCCCAUUUCCCUUAGUCGAAGUUGCAGUGCCAGUCGUCUGCAGCUGCUUGUUCCUUCUCAUGAUCCUCCUUGUCCUAAUGGUCCUCACGGCCCGGAAGAGGCGCCAGUCCGAGGGCACCUACAGCCCCAGCCAGCAGGAAGUGGCUGGAGCCCGCCUGGAGAUGGACAGUGUACUCAAAGUGCCACCGGAAGAGCGUUUAAUAUAGGCACUGCUGCCUUAAGGAGGCAAUGAGGGACCUUUGCAAAGUUGGCACUGGUG